UGGCACAUUCCAUAGUGAAUUAAUAAGUAUUUAAGAAUAUACGCAUGAUUUGUUCUCAAAGUAGAAUCACUUAACCUGUACGUUCGUCUAUUUAAAUCCAAGUUACAACUUGCAAUCAAUUUAAUUAUCAUCAUCAUUUUCAACAUAGCAAGUUAUUGACAUUUUUACCAGUAUGUUGCUGUUAUGAAUACUGAAUAUUUAAGAGCAUUUAAGACAUGCUGAUAAAUAACAAUAAGCUUCUAUAUUAUGGUUAUAUCUCGUUAUCCAAGUAUCCAGAUUUCUUCUUUCUUCAUCAGGUAGCUACGACCCCUUACAUUAGUUGUGGCCUAGCGCUUUCUGCAGGAACGUCAUCAUCAGGGCCUUUGAAGAUGGAAGCAACUCGUGCUCGGAAAACGUCAGAAGAAUUUCUAAUUUACGGCGACACACAAAUCCGACAAACUCACCAGUUUCUUUUAAAAAUUGUUUUUUGUAACAAAUCUUCUGAUAGAAAACUAGUUUUAUAAACAGUAUUCUGAUAAUAAGCUUUUCCAGCGAAUUCGCAAAUUUUUGAAAACAGGCCAUCAACAGGCGUCAAAGAUUUCCUAGAUAAGCAGGUACCUAUAUCAGUAAAUUGGCCAUUCUUUUUUAACUAACAAGUGAUCAUUCAACAUGAGAAGCAUGUUUUGGGGUCCAUCCCCUCCAUAACUAACAGAAAGUCAGACAAUCGUCACCACUUCUAAUCCACAUAAAAACCCAUUGCACUCUUCGACAAGGUCUAGUAAAGGUCCAACUGAAGCGAAAAGGGCCUGUUAAAUUUAUCUACUCUAGCCGGCAUCUGCUCGUCUUGACGCAUUAUUAAGAUAUACUUUUGGUGGUGUUCCGUCUUUGAAAUAUGUAUUGUGAAGAAAGUGAUACUGGUAACUUUGUGGAAGAUGAAUAUGUUACAAGAUCAAAAGAAGAAGUAAUAGUUUAAACACGUGCAGUAACAGAUCAAUAUUGGGACCUAUUCCCAAUAUUUUUCCAAAUACUUAUUCAAACAAAAGGCCGUACCUCGUAGCUCGACACCACUAACAAAGAGCAGAAUAUAAAGAAAGGAGUGAGACAAAGCAUUUAAAUUAGGCUUACCUGUAAUGUAUCGACGGCAACAAAACAUAGAACUGGCGGUGAAUAGGGCAAAUUAAAUUACAACGUGCAAAGUUUGACCUAGUCGACAUUGCCAGACGCUAUUCCCUUAUGGGUUACGUUUGGUUUUACUUGCCCGGGAAAUAUAUUAGUACAGUCAAACGUGGAAGAUUUGUCCUUAUUCGACACCACUUCAAGAGACUCAGGAUUUGAAGAACUUGGUAUGGAGCUAUCUACUGAGGCUGAUUUUCUCGAAGAAUUUGGUGAAAUCAAUGUGGCGAUAAAAGCCGAUUUACCACCUCACUUGGACGUACUUAUAAAUGGACCAGAAUUGAAAAUAAGUGAUAGACAAUCAACAACCUUUAGCGAUUCCUGUUAUCUUAAGGAAGUUAAUCCAUUAAUCAAUGGAAAUAGCCAACAGGCUGACGCGGAGGAGUAUGAAACUACGUUUUCCUUAAGAAAAAGAAAAUAUGUGACGACUCAAACUGAGACAUGCAGUACCGUUUCUACAGAAAAUAGUCACUUGAAAUUUCAUUGUUCGGAAGAUGUAAUCAAGUCAGCGCUGGAAAGAUGCGAAUUCGAUCCCGAUUUAAUAGCUGACUUCAGUCGCUGUUACUCUCUUCCUUUGACUGUUUCCCGCCAUCACGACUUGAAGGCUAUUGCAGCUACAACGCUGAAGAAUUUACUAGACGGAAAAUUUAGUGGAAGAGUGCCCUCAUUCACCAUUAUAGACUGUCGAUACCCUUAUGAGUUCCAAGGUGGACACAUCCCCGGCGCAAUAAACCUAUAUACACAUGAACAGUGUUCUGCAAUGUUAGAAGAAAUCAGUUUCAAUGGAAAACUAGAUAAACCUAACGUCUUAAUCUUCCAUUGCGAAUUUUCUGCUGAACGAGGACCAAACUUAUACAGGUAUAUGAGGCAAGAAGACAGAAAGAAGAAUAUGCAAAUGUACCCUUCACUGUACUUUCCAGAAAUGUACAUUUUGGAAGGGGGAUAUAAGCGGUUCUAUGAGGAGUACUCAAAUAUGUGUUCUCCACCGAGUUAUAUCGAAAUGCGUGAUCCAAGGCAUACCAAUGAUAUGCUACUGUGUCGGCAAACUUCAAGAACCUGGGACUCAGAUAUGAAAAACUGCAUGCGAAAGCGAAGCUCAAAGAAAAACUAGUACUACAGAAAAACUACUUGUAUAGUACUGGUAAACUAGUACUAUGCAAACUAGCAUGUUUGUGUUUCUAAAAAGUUAUUUUUGAAAGACAUAAUCAUUACUAUAGUAUUAAGUUCAGUGCAACUAGAAAAGCACGUCAUUAAUUCGUGCAAUUUGUGUAAAAGUGCAAUCGUAUAACUAGAUCAAUGUGAGUAACUUGAAAUUUUUUUCUAAAUUUAGUGUACCAUGUAUGUCAGUUUAUAAAAUCACAUUCGAUUUCCUACGUCAAGUCAAUUGACAAGAAUAUAUUCAAAAUGACGCUAAGCGCCAUGCCAUGUUUUUUCAAAUUAUUGAUAAUUAGGAAUAAUUAAAUUGAAAGUGAUAAGCCCUAUUGUUCUAACGGGUAAAUAGCGAUGUGAUAUCUAGGUUUAGAAGAAAUAAAUGAUUGAUAAUUUACACUUAA